AUGAAAAUAAGAAAUAAUAUAAUACUUAUUCUCUCUAUAACUUUGUUUUUAUUAUAUAUAACGAUUUCAGUAAAAAGUCAAGCGACAACAAAAAAUAAAAAUAAUAAUAAUAUAAAUAGCAUAAAUAGCAAAAACAAUAUAAAUAAUAAUAUAAACAAUAAUAAUAAUAUAAAUAAUAACAAUGUACAAAAUAUAAAUAAAAACAAUAACAAUCUAGUAAGAAGUAGCAGUAGCAGUAGCAAUAGUAAUAGUAAAAAUGGAAAAACCGAACAUGAACAUGAAUCAGUCAAAUGUGUAAAUAAUAAUUGUGAAAGAACCUACUAUCAUUCAAAAGGUGAUGGUAAUAAUAUAAAUAAUAUAAAUAAUAUAAAUAAUAUAGAUAAUAUAAAUAAUAAUAAUAAUGAAAUUGAAAAUAGCGAAGAUUCAAAUAGUUAUUAUUCAGCAUCAAAGCAUAUAGAUGGUGUUGACUAUUAUUAUACAAACAAUAACGGAGCAGAAUCGUUGGAUAUCAAGGGCAUUGAUGCAAAUCAAAUUUCAAAUGACUACAGAGAUAAACUUAUACAAGAUUUUAGAGAUGCUUUACAUAUCGAAGGAAAUGGUAUUGAACAAACAAACUACAACUAUGACAUUGGUUACCUUUCAAAUUGGUAUAACAGUUUUGUAUCACAAUUUAGGGAUAUUUUCACUCAACCAGGUUCCUCUGAUCCAAUCAUUCACACUGGUGCUUCUAACAAUCAUCAUUACAAUGGUUAUAAUUCUCAAUAUGGAAACGAUUAUGUUAAUAAUGUAGAUAAUUUCAGAUCUAUUUAUUCUUACGAAAAGAAAAUGCUCGGUGAGCAAGAGAAAUUGCAACAACAACUGGAUAAAACCAUGGAAGAUUUAUACAUUAUAGAUCAACAGGAAAUAGAUUUAAAGAAAAGAGUUUCAGAUAUCAACAUGUAUUAUAAACAGCUUGAAAAGAAUCCAUCUAUAAAAACAAUUAAAACUAUUGAAGAAUUGGUAGAAAUUGAAAGUGAAAGACUAUAUCUUUUAGAAAAACGUUUAAAGCGUGUAAGACAAAAAUUAUUAUCAAAAAAAGAAGUUUUAUCCUCAUUAAAUCAAGAUUUAAAUUUAUAUAACCAAGCACAACAAGCACAACAACAACUACAAAACCAACAACAACAACAACAACAGCAACAACAACAACAACAACAACAACAUCAACAACAACAACAACAGCAACAAAAAAACUAUUACCAACAACAACAACUAUCACAAGCUGCUUAA